GAAGAACCCACCGGAUCUAGGGCUUCUCUCGUCUCAUCUCUCUCUCUCUCUCUCGACGGGUUUAACACGCAGAUGUUCUGGAUUUCACAAACUCAUCAUCAUCUUCUCUCCUUCAAAUCUCCUCCAUCUCUCCCGAUAUUCGAAAAAGUUAGGGUUUCUCGAUGAAAACGAUGAUGAUUGGUUCAAUCUGUUACUGGUUUGAUUAAUUAUUGGGGACUGUCAUCAAAAAUAAAAAAUAAUAAGAUUUAUAGAUUUGAAAAGAAGUGAUAGAUACUAUGAGGGCAUUGCACAAAUCGAAAAGGGUAUCAUGGCCUCCAGAUUUUAAACUUUGCCAGGUACGGCUCUUCAUAUCAGAGGAUUCACCUUCACAAGUUGGGUCAGAAUCUCAAGAUCACCUGCAAGCAAAGUCACAUCCGAGCGAGGAUAAUCUGCCACCUGGUUUCGGUGGACCUCUUUCUGCAAAUGAGUCACAGAUUAAGCUAUCAGACAUCCCAGUAAUACAGUGGAAAUGCUCUAUCCGGAUUAUGCUUGAUGAGGAAUGGAGAGUGGUUGCAGGGGAAGAAAGCGAAGAGGUGGAGGCGCAAAAUCAGAGGGAACUGAGAGUUCUUGAAGCAUUCUAUCCUGGCGCAUCAGCUAUUCCUCCAAACCCUUCAGUUCCUGCUGAUGUUGACAACUCAGAUUAUGAUGAUCAGCAAACCGUUGUCAUCCCCAUCCUACCUGUAGAAGACGAUGACAUAGAUCCAGCAUCUGAUCUCCCAGCCCAAUCUGGCGUGGAUGUGGGAACAGAGCCACCAAGAGCCGAUGAGAACACAUCAAUUUCUUCAACCCUCCCUGCAGCGUCAGAAAUUAUGGCUGCGUUAACUGCAAUUUCAAACAACAAGGAACUAGGCAGCGGCAUGAUCGACCAAGCUCUGCUUAUGAAAAUAUUGAGCAGCCCUAAGUUAGUGGAGAAUCUUGUUGCAAAUAGUGGUGGCUCAGGUUCAGUCUCCCCAAACGCAAUUAAUCCCUACCUAUCUUCAACACAUGAAGCAAACGGAGUAGCCACCUCAACACCUGCCAGCUCAAAUGGACAAUAUUACCCUCAGCCAACGGUAACUAAUACUCCUUCCAUGACCUAUCCUCCUCCAGCUUCGUCAGAUCAGCCUAACUAUGGAGCACCACCAGCCAGAGAUGCUAGUUAUUACAAGAGCCUGAUUCAGCAACACGGCGGGGAAAGACAAGAUGCACCACCAGUUCAACAACAUAUCGGUUAUCAUCGAUAUAACUCUCAACCUGGAGGACCUAACCCUGAGAUGGUAAAUAGCAAUAAUAAUAACCAGAGGCCAAGGGAUUCAAAACAAAAGAUAAUGAAGCCGUGCAUGUACUUCAACAGCUCGAGGGGUUGUCGCAAUGGAGCCAACUGUUCAUACCAGCACGAUGCUGCAGCUUACCAGCCGAGGAAUCCAAACAAUGGUAAUAUCAACAAUUCUGAGAUGCCAAGUGCAAAAAGAAUGAGAUUUGAGAGGGACUGAAGCAGAAUUAGCAUUACCACCACCAUGCUCUCGGUGAGAGAGCUUGUUGUUAGCAGCAGAGCAAUUUUUUUCUCUCUUGCCUGGCUUUGCUGCUAUAUAACUUUAUUUACUUUUUGAAAAAAAUCUACUUGGUUUAUUCCACAAAUCAUAAAAUAUAAUUAGGGAAUUUUCUCCUUUUAAGGAUGUUCAUCUACUGAAAGUCUCAAACCAAACAAAAACUUG